UUGAUAUGGGUCAAAGUUUUACAAGCUAUUUUAGGUUUGUUGACAACUCAAGUUUCAGUUUCCAGCAGCACAAAAUGUACUGUUUCUGUUUGAAGUGUGUCUGAGUCUUGGCUCAAAACGUUUCUCUCAUUUAAAGAAUCUGGAAGAUAAAUAGUUGCUGCAAAGAACACUGACAACUUCAAAGCAAAAUGAAGUUCUUUCUGUUGCUUUCAGUCAUUGGGUUCUGCUGGGCUCAGUAUAACCCAAAUACCAAGCCUGGACGGACAUCUAUUGUCCAUCUGUUUGAGUGGCGCUGGGCUGACAUUGCUCUUGAAUGUGAGCGAUACUUAGCUCCUAAAGGAUUUGGAGGGGUUCAGAUCUCUCCACCCAAUGAAAAUGUUGUGAUUAAUAGCCCUUUAAGACCUUGGUGGGAAAGAUACCAACCAGUUAGCUACAAGUUAUGCACAAGAUCAGGAAAUGAAAAUGAAUUCAAAGACAUGGUGACUAGAUGUAACAACGUUGGUGUCCAUAUUUAUGUGGAUGCUGUAAUUAAUCAUAUGAGUGGGAAUGGUGUGGGUGCAGGAACAAGCAGUACUUGUGGAAGUUACUUCAACCCUGGAAAUAGAGAUUUUCCAGCAGUCCCAUUCUCUCAUUGGGAUUUUAAUGAUGGUAAAUGUAGAACUGGAAGUGGAGACAUUGAGAACUAUAAUGAUCCUUAUCAGGUCAGAGAUUGUCGUCUGGUCGGUCUUCUUGAUCUUGCACUGGAGAAAGAUUAUGUGCGUUCUAAGAUUGCUGAAUAUCUGAACCGCCUCGUUGACAUUGGUGUAGCAGGGUUCAGAAUUGAUGCUUCUAAGCACAUGUGGCCUGGAGACAUGAAGGCAAUUUUGGAUAAACUGCAUAAUCUGAAUACAAACUGGUUCCCCGAAGGAAGUAAACCCUUCAUUUACCAGGAGGUAAUUGAUCUGGGUGGUGAGCCAAUUAAAAGCAAUGAGUACUUUGGAAAUGGCUGUGUGACAGAAUUCAAGUAUGGUGCAAAAUUAGGCACAGUUCUGCGCAAGUGGAAUGGAGAGAAGAUGGCUUACUUAAAGAACUGGGGAGAAGGAUGGGGUUUCAUGCGUUCUGACAGAGCACUUGUCUUUGUGGACAAUCAUGACAAUCAGCGAGGACAUGGAGCUGGAGGAGCAUCUAUUCUAACAUUCUGGGACUCCAGACUGUACAAAAUGGCAGUUGGAUUUAUGCUUGCUCAUCCGUAUGGAUUUACACGAGUAAUGUCAAGCUUCCGUUGGCCAAGACAUUUUGAAAAUGGAAAAGAUGUUAAUGAUUGGAUGGGGCCACCAAAUAAUAAUGGAGUAAUUAAAGAAGUUACUAUUAAUCCAGACACUACUUGUGGCAAUGAUUGGGUCUGUGAACACCGGUGGCGUCAAAUAAGGAACAUGGUUAUGUUCCGUAAUGUAGUUGAUGGCCAACCUUUUAGAAACUGGUGGGAUAAUGGUAGCAAUCAAGUAGCUUUCGGAAGAGGAAACAGAGGAUUUAUUGUUUUUAACAAUGAUGACUGUCUGCAGGUUAUUUGGGGUAGCCUCUCCUUCAUGCUGUGGUUUACCUGAGCUUGACUCCUGGCUGUGGGGGUGAAGUCACAUCUGAUCCAUUUUCUUCAAUCAGUGGCUACUCAAGGUAUGUUCUUUUCAUGGUGCAAGGCAGAAAUACAAGGGAACAAGUCUUUGAAAGGACAUCUAAAACCUUUGCUUGCCUCAAUAUGCAAGCAUUCCACUGGUCAAAACAAGACACAUGGUCAAGCUCAAUAUCAGUUGGCUGAGUGGGAAAAUGUACUCUAUAUUAUAAUAGGAAUUGCAAAGUCAUAUGGCAAAAGACAUGGGUGUUUAUUUCUUUAACAUUAACAGCUAAAGAGUUUGGAGUAACAAUCUAAAUGAAAAAUAUCAAAGACAAAUAAAAUAAAAAAACUAAACUUGAAUUUUAUCAUGGACAUUUCAGAACAAAUAUGAUAUUCUGAAUCAGCAACAUAUUAGACAUUACAUACACGUGCAUACUUUCCUCUACAGCAAUUCUAAGAUUUUAUAAUUUCCUUUUAUAAUUAAUUAUUUUAGUUAGUAAUAACUCUUAGUGAUAGUACAAUCUGGGGUCACCUGACCUAGAAAUCUUCAACAUGUGCAUGUGAUGAAUAUUUAUUGUAUACAGCUGUCAAGCAUCUUUUCCUCCUUUUUUGGUAACUGUGCAUCACCUUCCUAUUAAGAAACCACCUGGAGGCCAUGUUGCACCCAUUCUGUGAAGGCACAGCUGACCUCAUAUCUCAUCUCCAGGGGUAAGAAUGUGAUCUAUGCUGAUUGUUAUCACAUUCCAUUCCCCUGUCACAAUGUUUGGGUUCUGAUAAGGCUUACAAAUGAAGCCAAAUCAAUUAAGACUCAUCCUUGGGUCUUUGGCUUAAACUGUUAGGAAAAAAGUGCUUACUUUUUUCUCUGAGUUUGCAGACCUGGUAGAAUGUAAGCUUGACAGUGUGUUUGAACAGCUUUGCUACUGCAUGAGAAAAGCCUGCCUGAGAAUAUAGCCAAGACAUAGGAAGGCGGAGCCAAGAGAUGGACAGAGAUAAUGUUUGAGCUCCUAAUUCCAGUCUGAAGUCAUCUGUGUAUGUGUACUUCCCAGUUACAAAACUAACACAUUUUCAUUGUGCUUGAGUCAUUUUGAUUGUGUGAAAUCUAUACCAUUCAUACUAACACCAGUUGCGGGCUUUUCUUCUGCAGUCCUUCUCCAAAAUGCCCCAUUUCUGGACUCACUUAUAUCACCUUGCUUGCACACACAUGUCCCCACAUCUUUCAAGGAUCCUCUACUUUCUUAUAAUCUUAAUUUUUCACUAUAUCCUAGAUGCAUAAUUCAUUUGUUAUUUUUCCUGAAAGAGCAGAGUUGCUGAAUUAAGUUGCUAUUUAACCAGCAUUUUUGUUUUCUCAUUUAAGCAUUCAUAUUAACCCCCAGAUCUCAGUGAAAAUGUGUCCCAAGUUUUAUAUAUUUCAUCGUAUGUCUUAAGACUCUGACUAUACCUAUUACUGUGCCAUUCAUUUCCUUCAAAGGAAGGAAGACUUCCCUUCAAAGUAUACUAAAUUCUCUGUCUGGAAGAACAAAUGCCAUAUCUCAUGGAUGAAUGUAUUCUUGUAAACCAUGUGACACCUGCCAUUUUCCUCCUUUGUAUUUAUGGCUUCGUCAGUACCUGUUAAGCUACAAUGUUAAAUUGUCUUUUGACCAAUAUAGAUUGCCAACCCCUUCCUUGCUGAUGCUAAGCCUCUUUGUAAAAAGGCCAUGAUGUAUUGAAGCCAUACUUCUAUGCCAAAACCACUAAUAGAGUUUAUGUACUUACUGAUGGAUGGAAGCUCUUGAUAUGCCAAAGCCUUGUUUUGAAUUCCUUUCCUCCAACAAUGACAUGUUGCUUGAGUCUCAAAUCAGUGUUGCCUUUUAAUUCAGAUAUAUCACAAUGAUUAUCAAUUUACAUGCAUAGUUUAAUCUAUGGGAACUUGUGAAAAAAAAUUUGAAAGAUGGAGGCAAUAUUAUGGUACUCAGAAUUACUCUGAUCCCUUAAACCUUCGAUCAGGUUUUGCCUUUCUUUCUAUGACUACUUGCCUCAAGGUUUCUUGAUUUCUUGGGAGGGAGAGGAGACUUGUCCCUUGCUGUCCUUCAUUGGUGGAAUUCUACAUUAUUACAGCUUCUGAUCAUGUUGAGAAUCCCACCACAAAAAAAUAAAACAUUUAAGAUUGGA